CCAGUCAGCGGGGUAUCGUCCGGCAGGCGCGGGGAGGCCGGAGCGGCGCCUGGUGAAGAUCUAGAGGUGACUACCUGAAUUUUCCAGCUGCAGAAUGUGUAGUAUUUUUAAAGGUUGGCAAUGAUGAGUAAACUGGAAUUAAAGGAAGACAAGAUGCUGGAGGUUCAGUUUGUGGGAGAUGAUGAUGUCCUUAAUCACAUUCUUGAUAGAGAAGGAGGAGCUAAAUUAAAAAAGGAACGAGCUCAGCUUUUGGUCAACACAAAAAAAAUUAUAAAAAAGCCAGAAUAUGAUUUGGAAGAAGAUGACCAGGAAGUCUUAAAAGAUCAGAACUAUGUGGACGUUUUAGGACGAGAUAUUCAAGAAUCCUUGAAAAACGGCUCUGCUGCAGAUGGUGGGAAUAAAGUUUAUUCUUUUCAGAAUAGAAAACACUCUGAAAAGAUGGCCAAAUUAGCUUCAGAACUAGCAAAAACACCACGAAAAAAUGUUUCAUUCAGUUUGAAGAAUGAUCCUGAAAUUAUGAUAAACAUUCCUCAGUGUAGUAAGGGGCAUUCUGCUUCAGACAAAGUUCAGUUGAAGAACAGCGAUAAAAGUGAAUUUCUGUCAACAGCACCUAGUGGUCUAAGGAAAAGAUUAAUAGUUCCAAGGUCUCAUUCUGACAGUGAAAGUGAAUAUUCUGCUUCCAACUCAGAAGAUGAUGACGGGGUUGCACAAGAAUAUGAAGAGGACACUAAUGAAGUCAUAGUGAGCCAAAAGAUUCCAUCUCAGAAUAGAGCCAUUUCAGCUCCUAUUUGCAAAGAAACACCUUCUAAGAAAAUGAAAAGAGAUAAAACAAGUGAUUUGGUAGAAGAAUAUUUUGAAGCUCAUAGCAGUUCAAAAGUUUUAACCUCUGACAGAACACUGCAGAAACUAAAGCGAGCUAAACUGGAUCAGCAAACUUUGCGUAACUUACUGAGCAAAGUUUCUCCUUCCUUUUCUGCUGAACUUAAACAACUAAAUCAACAAUAUGAACAAUUAUUUUAUAAAUGGAUGUUGCAGUUACGCCUGGGGUUCAACAUUGUGCUUUAUGGUUUGGGUUCUAAGAGAGAUUUACUAGAAAGGUUUCGAACCACUGUGCUGCAAGAUUCCAUUCACGUUGUCAUCAACGGCUUCUUUCCUGGAAUAAGUGUGAAAUCAAUCCUGAAUUCUAUAACAGAAGAAGCCCUCGAUCAUGCGGGCACUUUCCGCAGUGUACUGGAUCAGCUGGACUGGAUAGUGAACAGAUUGAAAGAAGAUUCUUCUUUAGAACUCUUCCUUCUCAUCCACAAUUUGGAUAGCCAAAUGUUGAGAGGAGACAAAAGCCAGCAAAUUAUUGGACAAUUGUCAUCUUUACGUAACAUAUAUCUUAUAGCAUCUAUCGAUCACCUCAAUGCUCCUCUCAUGUGGGAUCAUGCAAAGCAGAGUCUUUAUAACUGGCUCUGGUAUGAAACUACUACAUAUAGUCCUUAUACUGAAGAAACCUCCUAUGAGAAUUCUCUUCUGGUUAAACAAUCUGGAUCAUUACCACUUAGUUCCCUAACUCAUGUCUUACGAAGCCUUACCCCUAAUGCAAGGGGGAUUUUCAGGCUACUAAUAAAGUAUCAGCUGGAUAACCAGGAUAACCCUUCUUACCUUGGAUUUUCUUUUCAAGAUUUUUACCAACAGUGUCGAGAGGCAUUCCUGGUCAAUAGUGAUCUGACACUUCGGGCCCAGUUAACUGAAUUUAGGGACCACAAGCUUCUAAGGACAAAGAAGGGAACUGAUGGAGUGGAAUAUCUAUUAAUUCCUGUGGACAAUGGAACACUGAGUGAUUUCCUGGAAAAGGAAGAAGAGGAGUCUUGAAGUUGUCCUUUACUCUUGAAUCUUUUGUGGAAGGAAGGGUUGUACCCCAGCUGCCACUCCUCUAGUCUAAAGUGUUGUGUUUACAUCUAACAUUAGACUCUUCCAGUGUACAAGACUUAAAGAUGGGAGGGGAGGAAUGUCAUCAGUUAGAACCUUGAUUAGCCUGGCUGGUGUACCAUCUCUAGUACUAUGCAGCGGUCCUCAAGUUGGAGAAAACGUGCCUUUCAUUCAUUACCUCUCUGGAGACUUCUUGCUGGAAUGAACUGUGCUCAGGGACUAUUUGGAGCUGGAUGUUUUUGAAUUUUUUUAUACUGGAGAUGAUAUUCCUAAUUUUUUGAGGGCCUUUUAAACACUCCCAGAGCUGACUGUUGGCAGAUGUGUUUGUUCCAGAGCAUGGAAGUACAAGGACAGUGACAUCACAUAAAUCUACUUUAUUUGCUGUUCUGUCAGAGCUGACGAGUGUAAAGAAGGCAGAUCAUCUGCCUGUUCUUAAACGGCUUAAAAAGGGUGUGUAAGACUGGGGAAGAGUAGGUGAUCUAGCUUUCUCCUUUUGGGUUUAGACUCCAUUCUGGUGGGGUGGGGGAAGAGGGAGUGACCCUCUUCAGUUGGAAUAGUGGGAAAAGCAUAAUGAGCAUAUAGGGUGUAUACCCACCUUAGAAAGCACAUGAACAAUAAUCAUGAUACGCGGAACAGCCAACAUCUGCGCCAUCACCUUCAUGACACAAGUAAGAAGCCAGGCUACAGAAACACAGUCCUGAAUUACAUUUUAGGCGUUGUUUUCAAGACAACAGAAAAAAAAAAAUGUAAUUAUUUUUGCAUUGACAUUUUUCUUCAAUGACUUACGAGUAGCAUAUUAAUGGCUGAUUUUAAUCUUGACUUCUCUAUCAAGUAGACCCAAAACUCACUGUAAGACAUUUCAGUUUUUUUCUUAAAGUAACAAUUUCAAGCCCUCUAAAUAUUUACAUGAGCCCUUUUCCUUAGAAAAGAGAAAAAGGCUAACUUUGGCCACUGGUCAGCUUAUAGUCUUCACAUACUCUCUAAAAUAUUUCAUACUUGGAAAUGAAAUUUUUCAAUAAAAUAUCACUGUAAU